AGAAGGCCCUGCAGUGUCCUAGGGCCGCGGAAGCCACGCUCCAGCUCGCGGGCGUCGGAGGGCUCAGUGCCGCGCCGCGCUGCAUUAUGGAACACAGAGUUUAAAAGAAAGCUCGGCAGGAAACGCGUUCCAGACCAAGCUUGCGUUUACCUUGUCUCGGGGGCGGGGCAAGGAAGAGCCGAUCAAGAUUUCGUCAUAAAACCGCGACCCGACAGGCGGCGCCAUCUUCGAACUUGGACUUCCGGAAGGACUUUGGCGCGGGGCAGCCAUUUUGGGGGGUGCUGAUGGAUACCUGCGGGGUCGGCUAUGUUGCCCUGGGGGAGGCCGACCCCGUGGGGAGCAUGAUUGUGGUAGACUCUCCUGGACAAGAAGAACUAAGCCAGCUGGAUGUCAAGGCCUCAGAAACGUCCGGUGUGGAGGCUUCCAUCGAGAUGUCACUACCUCCUCCUUUGCCUGGAUUUGAGGAUUCUUCUGACAGGAGGCUUCCUCCAGAUCAGGAAAGCCUCACCAGGUUGGAACAGCAAGAUCUUUCUUCAGAGAUGUCAAAGGUCUCAAACACUAGGGCCUCAAAGCCUUCCGGGAGGAGAGGUGGUAGGACAGCAAGAGGCGCUAAAAGGCCUCAGCAACGUAAACCUCCAUCUACCCCUCUGGUUCCUGGUCUCUUAGAUCAGUCCAACCCUCUGUCCACCCCCAUGCCUAAGAAACGAAGUCAAAAGUCCAAGGGAGACCUGCUACUAUUGAAGUUGUCCAAAGGCCUAGAUCAGCCAGAGUCUCCACAUCCAAAGAGGCCCCCCGAGGACUUUGAGACCCCUUCUGGGGAACGACCCCGCCGAAGGGCUGCCCAAGUGGCACUUCUAUACCUUCAGGAACUAGCUGAAGAGCUCUCCACAGCCCUGCCUGCACCGCCACUGUCUGGUCCUAAGAGUCCCAAGGUGAGCAGCCCCACGAAGCCGAAGAAGACCCGGCAAGCAUCCUCUCAGGGUGAAGAAGACGGAAGCGCUCGGGAUGAAGACUUUGUUCUCCAGGUCGAGGGUGAAGAUGAGGAAGAAAGUGAGGCCCCAAGUGAGAACUCGUCUGAUCCGGAGCCUGUUGCACCCCGAAGCACCCCACGAGGACCUGCUGCAGGGAAACAGAAACCACAUUGCCGGGGCAUGGCUCCCAAUGGCUUACCCAAUUACAUCAUGGCUCCUGUUUGGAAGUGCCUCCACCUCACCAAGGACCUCCGAGAACAGCACCAUUCAUUCUGGGAGUUUGCUGAGUGGAUUCCGGUAGCCUGGAAGUGGCAGUUGUUAUCUGAACUUGAAGCAGCUCCCUACUUGCCCCAGGAGGAGAAGUCUCCCCUGUUUUCUGUACAAAGGGAAGGGAUUCCUGAGGAUGGCACAAUCUACCGAAUAAACAGAUUUAGCUCGAUCACAGCACAUCCAGAGCGCUGGGAUGUGUCCUUCUUCACAGGGGGACCACUCUGGGCUCUGGACUGGUGCCCAGUGCCUGAAGGGUCAGCAGCUUCACAGUAUGUGGCCCUUUUCUCCAGCCCUGACAUGAAUGAGACACACCCACUGAGCCAACUUCAUUCAGGCCCUGGGCUGCUGCAGCUCUGGGGUCUUGGGACAUUGCAGCAAGAAAGCUGUCCUGGCAAUAGGGCCCACUUUGUCUAUGGGAUUGCUUGUGACAGUGGCUGUAUCUGGGACCUCAAGUUCUGCCCCAGUGGGGCAUGGGAACAUCCAGAAACCCUUCGGAAGGCUCCUCUCCUGCCUCGCCUGGGUCUCUUGGCUCUGGCCUGCUCAGAUGGGAAGGUACUGCUCUUCAGCCUGCCGCAUCCUGAGGCCCUCCUGGCACAGCAGCCUCCAGAUGCUAUGAAGCCUGCCAUCUACAAGGUCCAGUGUUUGGCAACUCUUCAGGUAGGGUCUGUGCAAGCUUCAGACCCCUCUGAGUGUGGUCAGUGCCUUAGCCUGGCUUGGAUGCCUACCAGGCCUCACCACCACCUGGCUGCUGGAUACUAUAAUGGCAUGGUAGUUUUCUGGAAUCUUCCCACUAACUCACCCCUCCAAAGGAUACGGCUCUCUGAUGGCUCCUUAAAGCUCUAUCCCUUCCAGUGUUUCCUAGCCCAUGACCAGGCUGUCCGUACAAUUCAGUGGUGCAAAGCUAACAGUCAUUUCCUGGUGUCUGCGGGGAGUGACCGGAAAAUCAAAUUCUGGGAUCUUCGACGACCUUAUGAACCAAUAAACUGUAUCAAGCGCUUCUUGAGUACAGAGCUUUCCUGGCUGCUCCCCUAUAAUGGUGUCACAGUGGCUCAAGACAACUGUUAUGCCUCUUACGGGCUCUGUGGAAUUCAUUACAUUGAUGCCGGUUACCUCGGUUUUAAGGCCUACUUUACUGCUCCGCGAAAAGGCACUGUCUGGAGUCUUUCAGGUUCAGACUGGCUUGGGACAGUAGCUGCAGGAGAUAUAUCUGGGGAGCUCAUUGCAGCUAUUUUACCUGAUAUGGCAUCAAAUCCAAUCAAUGUCAAGAAACCUGCAGAAAGACGAUUUCCUAUAUAUAAAGCAGAUUUGAUACCAUACCAGGACAGCCCCGAAGACCAAGACUACUCCUCGACUUCCUCUGAGACCCCCAAUCCUCCCAAAGCAAGAACCUACACUGAAACCAUCAACCAUCACUACUUGCUCUUUCAAGAUACAGAUCUGAGUUCCUUCCACAAUCUGCUUCGUAGAGAACCAAUGCUUCGCAUGCAGGAAGGAGAGGGACAUUCUCAGCUUUGCCUGGACAGGCUGCAACUUGAAGCUAUUCACAAGGUACGCUUCAGCCCAAACCUGGACUCCUAUGGAUGGCUGGUAUCUGGGGGGCAGUCAGGGUUGGUUCGGAUCCAUUUUGUUCGUGGACUCACCUCUCCGCUGGCCCACCGUGUACAGCUUGAAAGCCGAGCCAACUUCAAUGCUAUGUUCCAACCGUCCUUUCCAACUGAAGGGCCUGGUUUCUCUCCAAGCAGCCAUUGCCUUCUCCCCAAUCCCUAGUCUGGGCCACACAGAACUCUUGGAUUGAAGUCUGCCAAGAACAAAUGGCGCCCAUGCAUAGAGCAUAGCACCUGGGCCCUUCCUGGACAGUGAUGGUGCCAGGCCUAAAUCUUUAGGCCUACAUGCCCCAAACUCCUUAAAUCCCUCUCCUUCCACAGACUUCUAUGGUCACAGCUCCCUGCAGGUAGGGGGGCUCCCCCUCCACAACAAUUCCUAUGCCUAAAACCAUGGCUCACAAGAAACACUCAGGCCAAACCUAGGCUUGGGAGUCAAAUUGCUCAUAUUGAGCAUAUUGUGAAGGAGGUAAAGCUAAGUAAAGGUACUGGGUGUUUUUGAGAGCACUUGUGAGUGGGUGUUUGGACAGUCGGAAAGGAUAUCUUCAUGAAGGCUCCUGUCUAUUUCCAGAAUUCGAUGUUAUUGCCUUCCGAUCUCCCUCAUUAGAAUAACCAACACACAGGCCCGAUGGUAGGGACAGUAAUUUAUUGGACUGAAGCUGCUCAUAACUUAACUUUAACUGAGGAACAACAUAAGCACCCUGCCAGUAGGACAGCAGCUAGUUCGUGUUUCUGCUUAUGAAAUAUUCCCAAUCACUGACAUAUGACACUACUUGAACACUCCUAGAUAGUGUUUUUAAAUUUUUUGAAGCUGAGUAUAGUGGUGCAUACCUGUAAUCCCAGCACUUAGGAGGCCGAGGUAAGAGGAUCACAAGUUUGCAUUCAGUCUGGGCUAUCUCAUAAAACCAAAAAGUAAAAAAAAAAAAAGUAAAGAAAAGAAAAAAAAAGAUCUUCUUUAUAUCAAGUCAGAGUAUACCUCUCUUAAUUUUACUAAUGGGUGUUAGAAAAUAGUCACCCCCCCUGUGGCUGCCCUUUCAGUACUUCACAGUAGCUAUCAUGUGUUCCCAAGGCAUUUUUCCUCUAGAUUAAAUAUCUUUAGUUAUUUCAAUCAUUCUUUUACAAGUCAUGAUUUUUGAUCUUUAUGAUAUGGUCACAUUGCUGACGUAUUAAACAUGUUUAAACUCUGUAUAGAAAGUAUUUAGAACCCAAUAAUGUAUUGUUCGCUCAAUCAAGUCCUCUGUGGAUAGCAGCACCUCACAUGACUGAUACUGUCUUGAAAACACAGGCAGGGGACACAUUGGAGUAUACAGGCUGAAGUGUGGAAGGAAGUAGUUAGACCAUCUUAGGAAAUAGGAAACAGGUAGCCUGUUUCCUCUUGGAUGGGAUGCAGUUUACAUUAGUAUUGCCUGAAACAAAACCUAGACUUUAGAGCACUCAAGAUUGGUCUGUUAUAUCUGGAAACAGUUUUCUACCUGAGUAGUGUAGAAGAUUUGUCAAACGCCAGAAGUCUUUAAGAAGAGAGCCAAGUAGUGAGUCCCCUUCCUAUACAGAAGAGGAAGCAGACCUCUAGGACAGUAAGGUCCUUACACAGCAGAAGGGCCCAUAACUGCAUUAGUGUUAGGAGCCAAGUGUUAUAGCACUCUGUUGUGAUCCAGCUCAGGCGGUGUCGGGCUUGCUUUUUGAACUAAUAAAGAAGUGCCUUCCAUUGC